AUGGCAACCCAGAGACAGAUAUUGGAGCAGCAACAAUCACCGAUGUUUCGGGUGAAGAACUCGGGAAUAAUUAGUCACCAUGGGAGCCCCAUGAACGGAGACAUGGAGGAGGAGAUGUCAAAGUCAGCUUUAUCUUCGUUUCGCACUAUGGAAGAAGAGAUAGAGAGGAGGAAGAUGGAGGUCAUGGAGAAGGUUCAGAUACAGUUGGGCCGUGUGGAAGAAGAAACGAAGAGGUUGGCCAUGAUUCGUGAAGAACUAGAAGCUUUUACAGAUCCAAUGAGGAAGCAAGUUGCUCUUGUACGCAAGAAGAUUGAUGUGGUCAAUCGAGAGUUAAAGCCAUUGGGACAGAGCUGCCAAAAGAAGUUGGUGAAGCAAAGUGAGAGACUGAGGAUGAUGAAACUGGAGGAGCUGAGCAAGAACAUAGAUUCCCCCUCAUAA